CGCUAUGACUGUGCGAAAAGGAAAAAGUUUAGCCAUCUCCAUCCAGGAGCACAUGGCCAUCGACGUGUGCCCGGGCCCCAUCCGCCCCAUCCGCCAGAUCUCUGCCUACUUCCCCCGCCUGUCGCCCACUUCCUCCUUCUCCGAGCAACUUUCGCCCAAUCAGGCGGCGGCUCCCACCUCGCUCAGCCCCGGCGCCGCCGCGGGGCGCAGCGGCGGCUUGUUGUCACCGCUGUUGCCGGGGGCGGCGGGCGGAGGGGGCUCGCUGUCGGCCAUGAGCAGCAUGGACACCUCCAUCGAGAUCGACAGCUGUGACAGCGACGAUAACACCUCCUUGGGGACGUUGGAGUUCGACCUGCUGUACGAGAGAGCCACCAGCUCCUUACACUGCACGGUCCUGAGAGCGAAGGGACUAAAACCGAUGGAUUUCAACGGUUUGGCGGAUCCUUACGUCAAGCUGCACUUGCUGCCGGGAGCCUGCAAGGCCAACAAACUGAAGACCAGGACGGUUCGCAACACGCUGAACCCGGCGUGGAACGAGACGCUCACCUACUGCGGCAUCACAGAGGAGGACAUGUACCGCAAAACCCUCCGGGUGUCCGUGUGCGACGAAGACAAGCUGACGCAUAACGAGUUCAUCGGGGAGUCGCGGGUGGCCCUGCGUCGCGUGAAGCCCGACCUGACUAAACACUUCAACAUCUGUCUGGAGCACCCCCCCCCGGUGGCUUCCCCGACUGCGAUGAACACGGCCUUGAAGGGGAUUCCCUGCUACCUGAGAGAGUGGGAGACGGAGCAGCAGAGAUGUCUGGAGGAGAGAGGCCGUCUGCUGCUCUGCCUGCAGUACUUCCCCCCGGCCAGCGAUGGCGACGCAAAGGGCGAGGCCAAGGAGAGGGCUCGCGGCGGGCUGUGCGUGGGCGUCAAGCGCUGCGCCCACCUGGCCGCCAUGGACGUCAACGGCUACUCGGACCCCUACGUCAAAACGUACCUCAAGCCGGACGUCCAGAAGAAAUCCAAGCACAAAACAGCGGUCAUCAAAAAGACUCUCAACCCAGAGUUUAACGAGGAGUUCUUCUAUGAAAUCACGUUCUCAGAGUUGGCCACCAAGACGCUGGAGGUCACAGUGUGGGACUACGACCUGGGAAAGUCCAACGACUUCAUAGGCGGGGUGUCCUUAGGGUGCCACUCGCAAGGAGAAACUCUGCAGCACUGGAUCGACUGUCUGAAGAACAAGGGCGAGAAGGUGGAGCGCUGGCACACGCUGACCAACGAGCUGCCCGGCUCCACGCUGCAGGAGUGAACCGGUCCUCCUCCUCCUCCUCCUCCCCGGGGGGGGGACGCGUUCCAUCGCAUGCCCGGAGGAUGUUCUGCAUGUCUAUGGAGGAUUCGUGUCCUGCUUACCUUGUCAUGGAUGAGAUCAAUAUUCAUAGCGACAUAAACAUUAAAGGUGGGGGUGUGGGUGGGGUCCAUUGGGAUGCUGCAUGUCCCUUUUGUCAUUUCAGUGUCAAACUUCACGGCCCCUCUGCGCCGCUCCCAAACCCGUCGCAUCGCAAUAAGAAGAAAAAACACGUAGAGGAGAAAAUUGAAGGAGGGAGAAAGUCGGCCGUCCCGUCAUGUCACGUCCUUUUUUUUAAUUUUUUUUUUUUUUUUUCCGGGCCGGUUAUUUCUUGUUAUUCGCUGCUGACAUUAAAACAUCUCACAGCACACACAUACCUCUCCCGUGCAAUAACGUUUCGCCCGAUGCUUCCGAAGGCCUCCAGCGGGGUCUUGAUACCGCUGGAGUAUUUUUGUAUCGAUCGAUGUGAUUGCCGUGUGAUCGUCUGCAGAAAAACAAGCGAGACCUCUGGCUUUUCCGGCCCGUGCCGGCUGUUUGCAUGUUUGGUGUUGAUGGACGUGUGUAUGUGCCGCAGGAUGCUCGUCGUCGCGUUGCUCCCACGUCUCUUGAGGUGUUUCUGCUCUGAUUAAGUGAUUUUCCGUUUAAUUGAUUUUUCUUUCCAUGUUCCGUUCAGUUGCUUUACGCGUCGGCGGUAAUAUCGCGGUGUCGGUUUGUUGUUAGUGACCCGCUGACGUUGACCCAGUUCUGCGUUACGUUCUCUGAGGGGAGUGACGUCAUUCACAGGCCUGUGCAUGGUUGUUCUCUGACACUUUAGCAUCUAAAUUACAAACAUGAAUGGAACCUGGAGCGUUUUCUCUCCACGGCUGCUGCUUCUCUGUGGAUCGCAUUGACGAAGCUGCGGGUUUUAUCUGCUGAGAUAACCAGCGGUGUUCAUAUGUAAAUAAUAUAUAUUGUGUUUCACUUGCUUUGGGUGUUUGUCUUUUGGAAAAUGAAAGUGUGCAUGAUUGUUAUUUUUCAUAAAAAACGUUCAUAUUGGUU